AUGCCCCCACAGGAGCAGGUGGAGUACGUGUUCCUCAUCAUCUUCACGGUGGAGACGUUCCUGAAGAUCAUCGCCUACGGGCUGGUGCUGCACCCCAGCGCCUACAUCCGCAACGGCUGGAACCUGCUCGACUUCGUCAUCGUCAUCGUGGGGCUGUUCAGCGUGAUCCUGGAGCAGGUGUCCCACAAGCCGGGCGACGCCCACCACAUGAGCGGCAAACCCGGCGGCUUCGACGUCAAGGCCCUGCGCGCCUUCCGCGUCCUGCGGCCCCUGCGCCUCGUCUCCGGCGUCCCCAGCCUGCACAUCGUCCUCAACUCCAUCAUGAAGGCGAUGGUGCCGCUGCUGCACAUCGCGCUGCUCGUGCUCUUCGUCAUCAUCAUCUACGCCAUCAUCGGCCUCGAGCUCUUCAUCGGCCGCAUGCACAAGACCUGCUUCUUCAUCGGCUCCG